GCAAAACGUGUCGUGUGCCAUUUCGUAGACGUUUUCGUGAAGUGUUGGUGCAAGUAACAAGCGGAUCUAUCAACGCGUGGCGUAAAAAAAAGCAUCAAAAGCGACCACUGAGAAAUUCGUAAAAAUAGCGCAACUUUUUUUUGGCAAAGUUCCGGAAUUUCAGUCAACUGGAAGAGCACGUGGCGAGCAGUCAAAAACGUUCUUUCAAAUUGUGCUUGAGCACUACUCUGACAUUUUAAAGCUAUCUAUAUAUGGAAUGGUUUAGUUCAACAAAACGUAACCAAAUCUAAAAAACAUACAAGGACUAGCCAUGGAUGACAGCGAAAACACCAUACCAGAUCUGGGACCCAUGACAGAUCUAAAGACAGCAAUCGAAAGAGGAACUGUUACCUUAUUGACAGCAGAUGAAAGACAAUAUAAUUUAUCGUCACCUGAAGGUGAGGUGGUGCUCAUGGCGACAGACGACUCAUCUUUGGCGCCUUCAGAUACGCCUCCGCCCUUGAUACCACUGUCAGAAACAUCGUCCAAGAAGAUUUUCUACCUAAAAUCAUUUGACGAACAGUUUUCUGAUCUACAGCCACAGCGAAUUAAAUCGAUAUGUUCAGAGGCGAAGCACCAAGGAGCAAUCCCAAAAUCUUCGUCAGUAGGAAGCAGUCCUGGAAAGGGGGUAACAAAAUUUUCAGUGCCAAAUGUAAUGGAAACAGAACAGCCCGUUGCAUUGUCAACGGCUUUGGAUUCCCCAAUAAGUGAGCCAGAAUUGGGACCAAUUCCCAAGAAACGCAUUCCAUUUAAGCCUAUAAUAUGGCAGCAUUUUGCUACAAUUGAACCAGAGCCGGAAGAUCUUAAUGUAAUUGAGACAGAACAUUCCGUUGCAAUGUCAACGACGUUGCCUUCCCCAAUAAGUGAGCCAGAAUUGGGAUCAAUUCCCAAGAAACGCAUUCCAAUUAAACCUUCAAUAUGGCGGUCGUUGGAUACAAAAGAAACUGAGCCGGUAGAAACUCUUUCAACGAUGCCAUCAACAUCCACUGCAAAACAAGGCCAUCUAACCGAGAAGCGCAAUUCAUAUAAUAUGGAAAAUUGGAUGCUAAAGUCUCCCACAGUUGCAUCUCGGUUUGUAGAAGCAACUAUACCAAAGCUUACAUCAAGAGUGGCAACGCCAUUGGCAGCUAGUGUGGGAAAGGAGUAUCCCCGUUUGAUCCAUUUUGCAACAACUGGAGCUGAGCCUCCUACAACUACCUUUUUUAAGGCACGUCCAAAGGCAUCCUCAACUGGAGCUGACCCUUCAGCUACAACUAGUUCGAAGGCACGUCCAAAGGCAUCCUCAACUGGAGCUGACCCUCAAUCUACAACUAGUUUGAAGGCACGUCCAAAGGCAUCCUCAACUGGAGCUGAUCCUCAAUCUACAACUAGAUUGAAGGCACGUCCAAAGGCAUCCUCAACUGGAGCUGAUCCUCAAUCUACAACUAGUUUGAAGGCACGUCCAAAGUCAUCCUCAACUGGAGCUGACCCUCAAUCUACAACUAGUUUGAAGGCACGUCCAAAGGCAUCCUCAACUGGAGCUGACCCUCCAGCUACAACUAGUUUGACGGCACGUCCAAUGUCCGAAAAGAGCAUUCAGUCUAAGUUCAAAAUUACAACGGCUUCUAAAAAGUCCCCGAUUACAUCUUCGAGUGAAGGAGAGAAGGAGAUCCUACAGGUGCCCUCAGAAAGGGCCACUCAGCGAAAAUCCAGAAAACAGAAGUUCCCUGUGCGCCCAGAAGGGGCUCUGGAAUCUCCAAUUAAACUGAUGACACUUGAUCCUAUACCAUCGACGGCCUUGUCAGCAAGAGCUGGUGCAAAGCGCCAAUUACCAUAUGAUGCGACAUUCGAGAAGCAAUCCAAAACUACAAAGGCUUUAGUGUCAAAGGCUAAUACAGACGAUUUGAAGCCAAACGAUGACUCCAUCACUCCAUCGAUGGCAUUACAAUCAUAUCCACUAUCAACAGCUAGUGAUUCCAAGUGCCAACUAUCAACUGGAUCGUCUUCCGAGAAACGCACCAAAAUUAAGCAAAAAAAAAAGAAGAGGAGUUCUGCGCCAACUGCAACAGUAACUGGGCCGCCAGUUAGCUCACCAUCAAAACCAAAAACCAAUCUUGGAAAGGGUCAAGCAGAAUCGACAUCUUCUUCGAAAAAACGCAGCCAGCCAAAGUCAAAAAAUCGGAAAGUGCCAAAAGCAACGGCAAGCAAGGCUCAAUUGCCAAUAGUUUCAAGUUCGUCAACGACUUCGUUUGCAUUGUCAACAACAACUACUUAUACUUCAUACAGACUACUGCGAUGCACCUGUAUUGGGGGUAUGCCAGGAGAACCGAUGGAUAUCCAACCAUUCCUACAGGCGUUGACUUUGCCGAUAGCUCCAAUAGUGGAACUGCCAAUGGCUCCAAUAGUGGAACUUCCAAUAGAUCCAGUAGUCGAACUGCCAAUGGCUCCAAUAGUGGAGCAUCCAAUGGAUCCAAUAGUCGAACUGCCAAUGGCUCCAAUAGUGGAACUGCCAAUAGAUCCAAUAGUGGAACUUCCAAUGCAUCCAAUAGUGGAACUGCCAAUGGCUCUGCCCCCAACAACUUGUGUUGCAAAUACUGAAUCAACAAUUGCACCAAUUUCUGAGGAGUAUACUCUAUACCAGCCAUUCGAAUGGCAUAUGACAACAGCAUCGACCCUUGUAUCGUCAACGGGUCCUUGGGAUAUGGCCAUGCCCUUGGAGACAGAGCCGCCUCUUCAAUUAAUGUCACCUUUGCCAGAUACUUCUCCUGAGUUAGAGUGGGAGUUACUACAGGCUUCAUCAACAAGUGAUCCUUCUCCUCCGAUUGAGGAACCAUUGACACAUAACAAUGAAAAUCCCACACAGGCAAAUGAAUCGAUGCAAAGCUUCCUUCUAAUGGAUGCCAUGUUCUCUUCAACUACGUCCAGUCAAUAUAUUUUCCAGGAAAUAAGCAACAGUGCCAUCACUUUGGAGAACUUUGGUCAGGACGUUUUGGACCAAAUUUCUGACAUCCUUUAACGAUGCUAGCAGCAUAACUACCCAGCAUAUCCUUUAAUCUAUAUCAUCCCAUUAAAGUUUAAGUCAUUUAGUCGUACAUAUGAAUACCAAACUGUAUAAUCAA